AAACCCCGGUUGCGACCACCAUUUGUGCAACCGAUAAUCUAGAAUCCGUUCAUCUCACGCCGUCGUCGGGAACCCCGAGGACCCCACCAAGAGAUCCCUGAAUCCGACGACGAGCGCAGUCAGACCAACGGUCCAACGGAGCUGCCAGCGGCCAAGAUGCCAGCGGCACAAGAACAAGAGGCCCAAGAGGCAGCGGCCCAAGAGGCGCCCGCCGAAGACGAAGAAGCAGUUGGGCCGACUAGAAUAGUAGUCCGGCUGACGGAAAUGUCGGCUGCCGCUCGCGCGGAAUUUCGGGUUGUCUCGCCCGAAGUCAAACCUGAAGCCGACACCGAGUUCGUCAGCGACGACGAACUCGAUGAAGAUGACGAAGACGAGGAUGACGACGAUGAGAGCGAGCGCGACCAUCGACCACCCCCUCGCAGGCAAAAGCGGCGCCGCGUUCAGGGCGUCCCCAAUGAAUUGGGCGCGAGCGUGGACCGCUUCCUGCGCGGCUUACCGCAGAUAACUGUCGAAGCACAACGUUGGAUGACGGAGAACCUCCCGAGAAUUACGGGGCUCUCCCAAGUCCAACGGAUGCUCCCGAGACUCCCCAUCGGGUCCGCAUGGACGGCUAAGGACCGCGCCAAUGUGGACCGCGCCUGGCGCAAGAGCGCGCAAAGGAAGGAGCUGCUCGAUGUGGCCAAGAACAAAGAUUUGCUGACGCUUCACAAAUGCUGCUUGCGGCUGAUGCGCUGCCUUCCGGAGGACAUCAUCGGCUGCCGAUUCGACCUCAAGUACGACCUCGACCAGAACCGCGCUCUCGCCAGAGGCCAGAGCCUCCUCUGGAGCGGGCCGUUCUGCAAAUCACUCGCGGCCCUCCUGGUGCAUCCCAUGUGGGACGGCGCCGUCGCACCCCUGGCCGCCGCAAUCCAGUACACCGUCAUUGUCGAAACCAACGAUAACGGCCCGUGGGUCAUGGAUGUGCCGGGGUGCGACGAGUUCCUGGCCGGAUUACUCAAGCGGAAGCGCGAGCAACCCGAGAAGAACACCGCCGAGCUGCGCCGUGAGCUCCACGAGAAGAUGGUCGUCGGUAAACGGGAUAAAUACGGCCGCGAAACUGGCAUCUGCCUUUCACGCUGGGACACCCUGUUCCAUGUCAUCGAAAAGCUCGCUGCGUUGGCAAGCGCCGAGCGUUCCGGUCAAACACCUUCGCCACGGGAAACCCGCGGGGCCUCUGAGCCCUUCCUGGUCCAUCGUCGCCACCUCGAGCUGCUCAUAAAGGCCCUCGACUCCAUGACCCACAUGGGUUUCCCUCAGCUUUUGCCCCUUGAGGUUCUUGUCCGUGGCAUCAGCGGCCGCCGGUCCGUCAAGGACUAUCCACAGGCGGGUCAUAUCGUGGCCCUGCGCGAAUACAGCCUCCUCUGUGAGCGGGAGAGGGUUGCCUACGAUGCGAAGCUGGCUCUAGCUGCACGGGUGACCAACGACCACCCCGUGGCUGAUGACACAGAGACCCACGAGGAGCUUGAGAGCCCUGCAACCCAGUCAGACGGGGAAGCUAAUACGCUGGCCUCCGGGAAUCCCCAGAUCCCCGACACCCAGGGAAACGGUGAAGCUGUCACCCACUCACGCGAGAAACCGACCCCAGAGACGCAGUAUUCUGCCCGAGGCCACAAGAGGCCACGGCCGUCCCAGCCCGGGUCCAUCUCUCCGGACAACGCGCAGAACCGCGCCCGCACCGGAGGCUCUUCAACCCCUGAGAACCCGGAAGGAAGCCAACUGGAGUUGAGACUUUUGGACGAUAGCCCUAGUGAUGAACGGGAUCUUUUCAACACGAAUACCGCGCCGACAAUCAGCCGCGGCGUCGACGACGUCCCAAUCAGUCUAGCCCAGGUCGACGAUCAAGGCAUGGAGUUCGGUGACGACGAUGACGCCGCCAGCCUCAGCGAGGAGAGCGAGGAAGAGGCCGAUACCACCCCCCUGGAAGAUGACUCGGAUCUGCGCUGGGAUGGCUCCUGUGGCCCCGGCAACGAACACAUGGGCAUGUCCGGAGACCAAGCAGCGCGGGUUUGGGAACUAUAUUCGCUUCCAUAUUAGUGUACUCCCUAAGCAACGCGACCCGAAUAAUAAUGGAGCGCUUCUUCCAACCUGUUUGUAAACAUGUGAUGACUAUUCUACAAGCCUUGGAACUGAACCCUUUUGCAUCUGACACAAGAGUGAUGGUGAUGAUAUCUUGGGUUGUGCGGCGGUACUGCGUGCGGUCCAGAUGCCAACACCCUGGUCCUCAAGGGCACUGCGGUCCCUCUUCA